UUGGAGUUGUGGAUGGGGGAUUGGCAGUUACCAACGAGAUUCUCCAAAGGGAGAAAGGUUGCACACACGAGGGCGCCUCCAAAUGGGCGGUAGCUCAUGGGUGUUGUAACAGUCAAUUCCACACUCCCAAAGAAGAGGUAUUACCAGCCGGCUUCUCCAAAGGGAGAAGGGUUGCACACACGAGGGCGCCUCCAAAUGGCGGUAGCUCGUGGGGGAUGAGUGACUACUUUUUGUCAGUUCCUUUUAUGACAUGCAAGAUCAUUGAAUUUCUGCGUCAGCUUGAUUUGGAACAGAACCUAAUAAGUUCUGAACGGGAAUCGAUCCACAGAGAAUAUACGAAAAAUCUGAUGAUAUUAAGUAAGGAUCAAAAUCUUCCACAAUUCGCUCGGGAUCAUGCAAAAAAAUUAAAAAAAGAACUAUCAUCCAAGGAAGUUGCAUCAUUUUGGGACUUAAUAUUAGAACGUGAGAAACUUCGUGCUACUGCAGCUCAUGAUUACACGCUACUACAACAAGUUCGAGCAAAACAUGUUGCAAUAGGUAUCACUGACGUUUCUAGAGUACAACAAAAUAACGAAGUUGAUACAAUUGCUGUGGAAAAUAUGGAAGGUGAGCCUUCAAAUGUGAGAAUGAUUCGAAAACGAAAGCCCGUUGAUUACUCUGAACUUGAUUCUGAUACAAGUCUAAAAUAUUCAGAAAAUAAAAAGCAAAAGUCCAAUAGAAGCAAGAAAAUUGAAAAAUUUCCAUCAAUUGAAAAUAAUAUCGAAGUCAACCACUUCCCUCUCGAACUUAUCAAUGAUAAUAAUGACAAUAAGAACGAUAACGAUGAGAAUGAUGAGAGCGAGGAUAAUGAAAGCGAAAGUAAUGAAAGUGAGGUUGAUGAGAUUGAGAGUGAAGCAAUUGUUUCAAAAUUGGAUGAAUUAAAAAAGCAGUUAAAAUCUCAAUCAAGAAAUGAGUGGAUCGUAGGAACAAUUAAUGUGUCAAGAAAGUUCAAAGAAUACCAAUUGAAGUUAAUAGAAAACAUAAUGGAAAAUGUAAGAGAAGGUAUAAAAAUAACAUGGGAUAACAAGUACGAUAUAUUAGCACUUGCAUCAAUAAUCGUGUUGAUUAAACCGUGCCCAUAUUCUACUUUUACCCCUGAUGAAUGGAAACAAGUAGUUAAUACCAAUCCUUAUGCUGUUAAAGAACCGAUUUGGACUAAACCCUUUGCAUCCUCAUUAAUUGAGGCAUGCAUUAACAUUGCAAUGGGAUUAGAUGGUAAUUUCGUAUCAAAUGAUGAAAACAAUUUGAGUAAAAAAGCUAGUCGAAUAUUCAAUAAUCUAAAAGAAGACUUAACAUCAGCACAAACAAAAAAAAUCACCGAAAAUGAGCAUCGAUUUUAUUACCUAGACCCUUUAUUGAGGUCAUUUUUCUGUGGAGAUUCAAAAUAUUACAAAGUAAGGUUGGAUAAAAGCGUAAAGGGUUCUCUAAAAAGACCAGAUUUUAGUUGUAGAGUCGAUGAUAUUACAAUAUUAAAUUCCGAAGUAAAGCCUUUGGGUUGUACAGAAUUACAAAAAAACAAAGAUUUUAUCAAGGUACAAUUACGAUCAAAGAAGUCAAUAAAUCAGUUGUUAAAUGAAGGUGGUCCAAAUCAAGCAAUUAUUUUAUUAAAUAUGGGGGAUGAUGUAAACUCAUAUAUUAUGGAUUUACAAUAUGAUGCUAUGUAUCGAUCAUGGCCUUUGCUUGCCACCAAAUUAGUAACGGAAAAGGCAUUAUUUCCAUUAUUGAUAUUGACAAUUUUCCAUUUUGAUAAUAUAGAGCAACAAGUUCAGAGGAUCGCAAACGAAUAUUUUAAUAGAUCAAAUCAUCACACUCCUCCCGAACAAAUCGACUACAUUAUUGAAGAACCGAACUCAUCCGGAUUUAAGGAGUUAUUGAGCUAA